AUGUCUACAAAGCCAGCAAAUCAGAAAAGAAGGAAUAAUGAGAAACGGAAGGAGAAGUCGCGUGUGGCGGCACGGACCAGACGUAACAAGGAGAUGCAUAUAUUUGCUGAACUCACAGCUGCUCUACCUGCUAGAAAGGAAGAUGUAGAUCAGCUUGACAAGGCUUCCAUCAUGCGCCUCGCCAUCUCUUACCUGCGUGUUAGGGAUGUUGUGUCUCUUUUGCCGCAAACUGAGACAGAGCAUCCCAAGGUCCAGAACCCUGAAGGCACAGAGGAGGUGUCAACAGAGCUUUCGUACAUGAAAGCUUUAGACGGCUUCGUUCUGGUGCUGUCACAGCCAGGUGAUAUUGUGUAUUGCAGCGAGAACAUUGCUGAUCAUCUUGGAGUCUCACAAAUGGAAAUAAUGGGCCAGAGUAUCUUCGAGUUCAGCCACCCAUGCGAUCAUGACGAAAUUCGCGAAGCGCUGCGUACGAACGGCGGCGGGCGUCGCGAUUUGUUACUUCGCCUGAAGUGCACACUCACGAGCAAAGGCCGAAAUGUGCAUCUGAAAUCAGCUUCCUAUAAGGUGAUACACAUCACUGGUCAUAUGCUGAUGCCUACAGACGACAAAACAGAACGUAACAACAACAGAGCUGAUGAGAAGAAAACUGAUGGAGAUGACAAGAAAGCAAUCAAAAAUGGCACCCUCGUUGCCGUUGGUAGGCCCAUCCCACAUCCCUCCAAUAUCGAAAUACCCUUAGACAGCAAGACUUUCCUGUCGAAACACGGUCUGGAUAUGAAAUUCACUUACGUGGAUAAAGCGUUGACGAACACGCUCGGCUUCGAACCAGACGAAUUGGUUGGCCGAUCCGUGUAUGAGUAUCAUCACGCCGCCGAUACUGGCUCCCUGACCCAUCAAUUCAAAUCACUAUUCUCCAAGGGACAAUGCGAGACAGGGCAGUAUCGCUUCCUCGCGAAAACCGGAGGCUUCGCAUGGGUCCAAACACAGGCUACCGUCAUCACCGACAAGCAACAGAAGCCCAUCAGCGUCGUCUGCGUAAAUUACGUCAUCAGUGGUAUCGAGUGCAAAGAUGAGGUGUUCGCCGCACACCAGGUGCAGCACGCCGAUUUGAAGCCCGCCGUGGCACCAAUCGUGCAGGUGCCUCAGCCAGUGCCCCUGCCUGUGUCUGUGGAGGCACCAGCCAACGGUGAUAUAGUCGCCAUUAUUCCACCCAAGGAGGAACGUCCCAUACCCGUCACUGAGCUGAUAUUCGCUCCGCGAAAGAAAGAAAUGAACAAGGGCUAUCUUAUAUUCACCCCAGACCAGGGCCGUACAAUGCUUAAAGACGAGCCGGAAGAUCUGACGCACUUAGCACCCACUGCAGGCGAUGCUUGUAUUCCUCUGGAGGACAGCACUUUUGACAUGUUUGAUGAUUUUAUUUUGAGCGAUAACUAUUGUAGUCUACUGACCGACGAUUUGGCUACCGGGUCACCAGACUUGACUCCAGACUCUUUGCUAUUAUCUUCGCCUGAACCACAGGAAAACGAUUCAUCGUGCGAACAAUCGUCUUUGUUAACAGAACUGUCACUAGACGCGUUUGACAGCAACAGGUCAGAUAAUGAUAUUGAGGAUGGAAAUUCACCUUUUAUCCCCACAAAUGAUGAGCUAGCAGUUUUGGAACCAGCUGUUAUGUGGGGAGCUUUACCAGACAGCGUUAGUCUAGCUAGACCUCAACCUACGGAGACGCAAACAACGACGUCUGCACCAGCACUACAACGCUUGCUGACGGCUUCCACCACAGGGCCACCGCCACAGGACCUCUUAACAAAUAUAUACUCAGACCCAGGCCUAAUACCAAGCAGGACCGUCCCCACAUGGGACACAGGCGUGAAAAGGGUGUUGAAACAAGAACAGGAACCAUGCGCGAAACGUGCUAAACGAAGCCCUUCACCCGUGUCGACAGCACCCCCCUCAAACCCAUCAUCCAGCGUCCUCAUGAACCUCUUGGAUAUCCAACAGAAGAUACCACAGAACAUUCCUCAACAACUUCAUCCUAAUUACCAGAUGACCGGGAACCAGCAACCUAUCAUCCAGAAUCCAAGCAGGAAUAAUAUCCCAUUGUCGGUAAUAAAUGUUUUACAGGGUUUUGCCAACAAACAAAUGAUACGUACUAAUACACAAAUGAAUCCCCAUGUUCUACGCACAAAUAUGACCUCCUCUCCAAUGUCCCCGUUGAGCCUAAAUGUCAGCCCCAUGUACUCCUUACCAUCAAGUCCUAAUAGUUACAACAGUCCAGCUAUAAGCCCCGCUCAAAGAGAACGUGUCAUGAGCCCUUAUUCCACUCCCCAAUCUAUGUCUCCCGUCGGACAAUUUCAACAGUAUAGCCCAGGAAGCCGGAUCAUGUCCCCCGUGGGCGUCAUGAAGGGAUGUGACCCCUACCUCACGAACAAAAUGCAGCCAAGCCCAGGGUUUCUCCACACUCCUGAAAUACAGAUUCUGAAUUCCGUGCCGCUGACUGUGACAGAUUUCUGGCCUGAAUCGGACAUGAUGCAAGGCACAAACGACUUGCUCGCUGCCUUAGACGACGUCAAAUUAGUUUAG